CAAAUUCACUGCAAAGAAAUGGCAGAAGCAGAAGCGAGUCAGUUUGUGGAUCAGUUUAGCUGUUCAGUCUGUUUAGAUAGAUUGAAGGAGCCUGUGACGAUUCCCUGUGGACACAGUUACUGUAUGAACUGUAUUACUGUCUGCUGGGACCAGAAAGAGCAGGGGCCGCCGUACCGCUGUCCCCAAUGCAGAGAGAGCUUCAGUCAGAAACCUCUACUGAAGAAAAACACCCUCAUAGCUGAGAUGAUGGAGACACUGCAGAAGACGUCCCUACAAACGGCUGCUGUGGACUGUGAUGUCUGCACUACAGAGAAGAACAGAGCUGUAAAAACCUGUCUGCAGUGCUUGGCCUCCUUUUGUCAAACUCAUCUUCAGCCUCACUAUGAAUCUCCUGCGUUUAUGAAGCACAAACUAGUCGAAGCCUCCAGAAACAUUCAGGAGAACAUCUGCCUCAGUCAUGGGAAACUUCUGGAGAUUUACUGUCAGGAUGACCGUCAGUGCAUUUGCUGUUUGUGUACUGAUAAUCAUAAAGGACACAGUGUGGUGUCUGUGGAUUCAGAAGGUACUAGUAAAAAGGAAGAGUUGAAGGAGAUAAAGGAGAUGUGCCACAAACUGAUCGAGGAGCGAGAGAGAAGUCAGCGGAAACUCAGUGAAGCUGUGAAGCUUCUUAAAAGUUCAGCACUAGAGACCAUGGAGGACGUUGAAAAGAUCUUCACUGAGCUCAUCUGCUCUCUUGAGAAGAAACGCUCUGAGAUUAAAGAGCAGAUCAGAGCUCAGGAGAAGACUGAGAUAGAUCGAGCAGAGGAACUUCACAAACAUCUGGAUCAAGAACUGACAGAACUCAGAAAAAGACAAGCUGAGAUUGAAAAACUUCUAAUUGUUGAUGAUCAGGUCAAUUUUCUAAAGAACUGCCAGUCUGUGUGUGUUUUACCCACAUUUGAAAACGUUCCCAUCACUCAACACACUCAUCUGUUUUUUAAAGAUGUUUCAAUCUCAAUAUUUAAGGAGGUUUUGGAGGACGUCUGUCAACAGCAAACAGCUAAAAUAUCACAAGAAGUGUCAAAAGUCCGUGUUGCCAAGACCCAAAAUGAUUUUUUGCAGUAUUUUUGUGACCUUCACCUGGAUCCAAACACUGCACACAAUGUCCUCAAACUGUCUGAGGACAACAGGAAAGUAUCAUUUACAUAUAAAAACUACCAAUAUCCUGAUCACCCAGAGCGAUUUGAAAGAUAUGCAAAUGUCAUGUGUCAAGAGGGUUUGUGUGGUCGCUGUUACUGGGAGGUCGAGUGCAGUGGGAAGCAAUGGGCUGUAGCAGUUUGUUACAAAGGAAUUGGACGUAAAGGAAAAAGUGAUGACUGUAGACUUGGUGGCAACAAAAAGUCCUGGAGAUUCAGCUGCUAUCUACAAAAUUUCAGUUUCAUACAUGACAAAAAGCAAGUCUCAAUCCCUGGUGUCUGCUCCUCUAGAAUAGGAGUGUAUCUGGAUCACAGUGCAGGAACUCUGUCCUUCUACAGCGUCUCUGACAAAAUGACUCUCCUUCACAGAGUCCAGACUACUUUCACUGAACCCUUAUACCCUGCAUUUUCUGCUGGAAGUAUCUCCUCUGUUAGGAUCAUUGAGGAGCAAAAUUUAAAAAUAUAAUUUAUCAAUCAGAAAAUGUUACAAGAAAAAUG